ACACCACACGCCUCCUUAGCACUCCAAAAACACACAAACCCCCUCCGCUUCCUCCUCAAACAAAAACAUGGCAACCCUUCACUUCACUCCAUCUCCUACACUCUUUCUACCAAGACACAACCACCCCACCAAGCUUUCUGCUACUGCAUUUCAUCACAAAAUCAAACCAUCCCGGCUCUCUUCACAUAUUGUUCGAUCAUACAAAGUGGUCAUUGAGCACGAGGGUCAAACUACCCAGCUAGAAGUGGAACCAGACGAGACCAUUCUAGCCAAGGCACUUGACUCUGGCCUGUCUGUCCCACAUGACUGCAAGCUUGGGGUAUGCAUGACUUGCCCAGCUCGGCUUUUGAGUGGCUCAGUUGAUCAGAGUGAUGGUAUGCUUAGUGAUGAUGUGGUGGAGCGAGGUUAUGCACUUUUAUGUGCAGCUUAUCCACGCUCGGAUUGUCACAUUAGAACUAUUCCUGAGGAUGAGCUGCUUUCUUUGCAAUUAGCAACAGCUAAUGACUAAUGAUUUUGAUUUUUGUUAGUUUUUAAUAUAGUUUGAGGAUGUUGGUUCUUUAUUGUUGAAUUGAGUUAGUUUGUGCUUCUUGCUAAUAAUAAUCAUUUUAUGUGCCGCAUUUCAGUUAA